GCCCCCACUCACCUCCUGCCCGCCAUGGAGUCCUUGGCUUUCCCUCGGCGUUCCGGCCCGACUGCCUUGGCAGCAGAGCUCUCCAGGCCCCUCCCUGAAGGGCUCAUGAAAUCGCCCAAACCUCUCACGAAGAAACAAGCUGUAAAGAGGCACCACCAUAAGCACAACCUGCGGCACCGCUACGAGUUCCUGGAGACCCUGGGCAAGGGUACCUACGGGAAAGUGAAGAAGGCGCGGGAGAGCUCUGGGCGCUUGGUGGCCAUCAAAUCAAUUCGGAAGGACAGAAUCAAAGAUGAGCAAGACCUGAUGCACAUACGGCGGGAGAUUGAGAUCAUGUCGUGCCUCAACCACCCCCACAUCAUCGCCAUCCACGAAGUGUUUGAGAACAGCAGCAAGAUUGUGAUCGUCAUGGAAUACGCCAGCCGGGGAGACCUGUACGACUACAUCAGCGAGCGCCAGCGACUCAGCGAGCGGGACGCGCGCCAUUUUUUCCGCCAGAUUGUCUCCGCUGUCUCCUACUGCCACCAAAACGGGGUUGUCCACCGGGAUCUCAAGCUGGAGAACAUCCUCUUAGAUGCCAAUGGAAAUAUCAAGAUCGCCGACUUUGGCCUCUCUAACCAAUACCAUCAAGACAAGUUCCUGCAGACGUUCUGUGGGAGCCCCCUCUACGCUUCACCUGAGAUCGUCAACGGGAAGCCCUACACGGGCCCAGAGGUGGACAGCUGGUCCCUGGGCGUCCUUCUGUACAUCCUGGUACAUGGCACCAUGCCUUUCGAUGGGAACGAUCAUAAAACGCUGGUGAAGCAGAUUAGCAGCGGGGCCUACCGGGAGCCGCCUAAACCCUCUGACGCCUGCGGCCUGAUCCGGUGGCUGUUAAUGGUGAACCCCACCCGCCGGGCCACCCUGGAGGAUGUAGCCAGUCACUGGUGGGUCAACUGGGGCUACGCCACCCGUGUGGGGGAACAGGAGACCCCACAGGAGGGUGGGCACUCCAGCAGCGACUCUGCCCGGGCUUCCAUGGCCAGCUGGCUCCGCCGCUCUUCCCGGCCCCUCCUGGAGAACGGGGCCAAGGUGUGCAGCUUCUUCAAGCACCAUGUGCCUGGUGGGGGUGGCGUCCCCCCAGGCCUGGAGCGCCAGCAUUCCCUCAAGAAAUCCCGAAAGGAGAACGACAUGGCUCCGUCUCGCUCAGGGGGUGCAGCCGAUGAUCCCACUCCCCACCCGGGCAAAGGCGACCUCCAGCUGCCCAAGGGCAUUCUCAAGAAGAAGAACGCGUCCCCAGAGGGGGCCAAGGAGGAGCGCGGCGCACCCCACCCAGUCUCUGUGAGCACCGGACAGGCCGCCCCACUGCUGCCCAGGAAGGGGAUCCUCAAGAAGUCGGGGCAGCGGGAGUCCGGUUACUACUCCUCACCCGAGCCCAGUGAGUCCGGGGAGCUCUUAGACACAGACUCAGGGGACGUGUUUGUGAGUGCUGACCCCGCGGAGCAGAAGCCCCCCGACACCUCAGGCCUGCUGCUGCAUCGCAAGGGAAUCCUCAAACACAACGGCAAGUUCUCCCACACGGCCACCCAGCUCAAGGCCCCCGCGGCUUUCGGCUCCUUGGACGAACUGGCCCCCUCAUGCCCUCCAGCCCGGCCCAGCCGCCCCUCUGGGGCUGUGAGUGAGGACAGCAUCCUGUCCUCUGAGUCCUUUGACCAGUUGGACUUGCCCGAACGGCUCCCAGAGCCUCCCCUGAGAGGCUGUGUGUCUGUGGACAACCUUAUGGGACUUGAGGGGCCCCCUUCAGAGGGCCGCCUGAGACACUGGCGGCAGGACUCCCUGGGGGACAGCUGCUUUUCCUUGACAGACUGCCAGGAGGUGACAGAGACCUACCGACAAGCAGGGGUCAGCUCUAAGCUUGGCUGA